AUGCGCAAGAGCAACCGCAAAACUUUCGCGAUAGCCCUGUGUUUGCUGACCCCGCUAGGGUAUCUGCUCCUGAACUUGUUCUACGGUGGCACCGACGACUCGCGCCUUGACCACAAUCUCGUGUCAAAAAUUAGUUAUCAAGCUGUGGACAAUGAAUCUGUCGCGACCGUUCGUACAUCUUCGUCGAUCGGUACGACGCUGUUCAAGUUUGUCUACAGUACGCUCGGGCUCGAUCCACAGGAUGCGACCCCACCGCCGGGUGAUAUGGGAAGUGCAGUGACUAACGAUCUCAACGAUACGGAAGUGUCCCAAUUGGUCGAGCAAGGCCUGUGGAAUCAGGGUCUAAAUCAGUACUCGUCCGAUUUGAUGGCCGUGAGACGAAGGUUGCCCGAGGUACGGGAUGCCUGGUGCCGGGAACCGGGCCGUUUUCCGGCGAACCUUCCGCCAGCAUCGAUCGUGGUCGUGUUCUACAACGAGCCGUGGUCGGUGCUGGUGCGUACGGUACACUCCAUCCUGGACCGCUCGCCAGCGGAACUGGUUCACGAAGUGGUGCUCGUGGACGACUUCAGUUACCUACCGCACCUCAAGACGCAGCUGGAUGAUUACUUUGCCCCCUACAGUAAGGUACGCAUUUUACGGGCACCGGAACGGUUAGGUUUGAUCCGUGCCCGAAUUCUGGGAGCUCGAAGCACUUCAACGGAUCUCAUCACAUUCUUGGACGCGCAUGUAGAAGUUACCGUAGGCUGGCUCGAGGCGUUGCUAGAUGUGGUGGCCAAAAACUGGACCGUCAUUGCCUUGCCCACGAUCGAUUGGAUCGACGAGAAUACGAUGCGCUAUCGGUCCGGGGAAGCACCCGCCUUCAUCGGGGCCUACGAUUGGGAUCUCAACUUUGGCUGGUGGGGCCGAUGGUCGAUGAAGAAGCAGUACGAAAACAAGAUGGUACCGUUCGAUACAGCCGCCAUGGCCGGGGGACUGUUUGCGAUCAAUCGGACCUUCUUCGAGCGGCUCGGCUGGUACGACGAGGGGUUCGACAUUUACGGUAUCGAGAACAUCGAGCUGUCGAUCAAGAGCUGGAUGUGCGGAGGGAAGAUGGUCACCGUGCCGUGUUCGCGCGUGGGACACAUCCAAAAAACGGGCCACCCGUACCUAUCGAAGGAGAGCAAAGAUGUGGUCCGGGCGAACUCGAUCCGCAUGGCGGAGGUGUGGAUGGACGAGUAUAAGGGCAUCAUUUUCGACAUCUACGGCAUUCCACGGUACUCGGUGGAAGAGUUUGGUUCCGUCGACGGCCGGAAGACCGUACGGCAGAGUGCCGGAUGUGAACCAUUCCGGUACUAUCUGGAAAAUGCGUUCCCCGAGAUGCACAAUCCGCUGGUGCCGGGAGCGUUUCGGGGUGAGGUACACAACCGGGCGCUCGGUAACGAAUCCUGCUUGACGUAUCGGACUGAUCGCUACUUCAUCGGUAUGGCACCGUGUGAUCAUCUGGAGAAGAGUCAAUUCUGGACGCACAACUACUACCAGGAGCUGAACAGCUAUCGCAACUGCAUCGAUUCGAACGAUGAUCGCGUUGCCGUUUAUGCUUGCCACCGGAAUCGUGGAAAUCAGGCGUGGAAGUACCUGGUGGAGAGCCAACAGAUAAGGCGAGCGUCAAACGAUACGCAAUGCCUUUCGGUGGAUCUUACAACGAACGUUAGUCUAAUCAUUGAGCCUUGUGACGCGACGCUAGUGCAGCAGAAAUGGGAAGUCACGUUUAUCCACCUGGAUGUGUCGAUGUUGAUUGAGGCACAGAAGUCAGUAUAA